AGUCCCACCACGUCUACUCCGUGUGUUUCUCUGCACAGGCCCGGUGCACCCAGGACGCGAUCUUCCCAGAUGUCCUUCACUGCGACGCCGGGACACCACGGACCCUGGGUGCAUCCACAGCGGAGGACGCGAGCCGGGUCCCGGGCGACGACUUCUCCCCCUCCUGCCUUCGACAUCUCCAUCCGGAACCGCUUCGCUCCCCUCCGCGAGACAGGACGCGACGCUGUGAUCAUCGGAGACUCCAUCGUCCGACACGUAAGUGCUACGUUAGCCGAAGGUAAAGUGCACACUCAUUGUUUGCCUGGUGCUCGUGUUCUCGAUGUUUCUGCGCAGAUACCCGCGAUCCUGAAGGUCGACGAGAGCCCCAGAGCGGUCGUGCUUCACGCCGGGGUUAUGGACACCACGCUGCAGCAGACGGAGACGCUGAAGAGGGACUUCAGGAGCCUGAUCGAGACGGUUCGCAGCACGACGCCCGCGGCGACGAUCGUCGUGUCAGGACCACUGCCCACGUAUCGACGAGGACACGAAAGGUUCAGUAGACUUUUUGCUUUAAAUGAAUGGUUGUUGUCAUGGUGUAAAGAACAGAAACUGCUAUUUGUUAAUAACUGGAAUCUUUUCUGGGAGCGUCCUAGGCUGUUUCGCGCUGAUGGAUUACACCCCAGCAGAAUCGGAGCGGAGCUGCUCUCUGACAACAUCUCCAGGACACUUCGCUCCAUGUGACUAGAUUUACACAAGCUCCAGUCUGGAUCCAGAACACCUGAGAAGAGAUGAUGCUGACCCUCAGAGGACCCCAGAUGAUGCUAACCUUGAAUCAACAAACAGAACUAACAAUUAUUGCUACAUGUGUGACUGCA